GCACAUUGCUUUGAUUAGGGCUUCGUUUUUAGUUUUUUAAAUAUGAAGAAAGUGAAAUGGAGAAGAAAACUCAGAAACAAAAACAAUGGACAAGAAAAACGACACGCACACUACGCGUAAUACAAAUAUCUGACUUUGGAGUUUGAACGUAAGGACGUAUGCUAGAAAGUCACCUCUGAUCAUAACCAAACCAGCUACAGCUAGCUUCUCAUUUUCUUUCUUUCUUUGAGAAAUAGUAAAAUACCGAAGCCUUCCUUAAACAUCACAUUCACAUUCAUCAAGUCAACUCUUUUUUCUCUCUCUCUGCUCUCUUCAUGGAUUACAUACAGGAAUUUCUUUGGAAUAUUAAGUAGUUAGAGAGAGACGCGGGCAUAGAAUUUCCCCCAGAAAGUUCUGUAUUGCCCGUGGCCAGCAUAUAACAAGUCAGUCAACCUCUCAUUUCUGAUCAUCUUUUACUGCUUGAUGAUUUUCAAUUAACGAUCAUCCAUCGUCUUCUUUUUCCUGGAUCAAAUUAAGAAAGAAGGAGAAAAAUGCAUUCUGGGAAUAACUGGGGAGGAUCUUUCGAGAUAAUCAAUGGAGCAGAAUCAACAACAGAAGACGAGAGAAGCCGGAACAUGGAAUGGGACAGAGGGGCCCUUCAAUCUCAACAGCAACGCUACCAUAAUAAUCUCGACGAAACACAACAGAGUUGGUUAUUGUACCCACAAGAAACCAAAAAGAAAAAAUAUGUGGACUUCGGCUGUAUAGUUUGCAGCCGCAAGGCCUUGAAGUGGACGGUUUAUUCCAUUCUUAUUGCGUUUCUAGUGAUUGCGCUGCCUACCAUCAUUGCCAAGACUUUGCCCAAGCACAAGUCCCAUCCCCCUCCUCCUGACAAUUACACUCUUGCGCUCCACAAGGCCCUCCUCUUUUUCAAUGCCCAGAGAUCUGGAAAAUUGCCCAAGAAUAAUGGGAUACCAUGGAGAGGGGAUUCAGGGCUUCAGGAUGGAAACGAUACAGAUUACAAGGGAGGGCUUGUAGGUGGAUACUAUGAUGCUGGAGACAAUGUCAAGUUCAACUUUCCAAUGUCAUUUACUAUGACAAUGUUGAGCUGGAGUCUCAUAGAAUAUAAUCACAAAUAUCAUGCCAUUGGUGAGUAUGACCAUAUGCGAGAUCUCAUCAAGUGGGGUACUGAUUACUUGCUCUUGACAUUUAACUCCACUGCUACCAGAAUUGACAAAAUUUACUGUCAGGUUGGUGGAUCUCUAAAUGGUUCUACGACACCCGAUGAUCAUUACUGCUGGGAGAGACCAGAAGACAUGGACUACAGGCGACCUUCCAUAUCCGUUACAGCCGGCCCAGACCUUGCAGGGGAAAUGGCAGCAGCCUUAGCAGCCGCCUCAAUAGUGUUCCGAGACAAUAAUGCUUACUCUAAAAAGCUUGUAAAAGGCGCAGAAACUGUCUUUGCUUUUGCGAGGGAAUCUGGAAGACGCAGAACGUACUCUCGCGGACAACCUUACAUCGAACCUUUCUACAACUCCACUGGCUAUUACGAUGAGUACAUGUGGGGGGCUGCGUGGCUGUACUAUGCCACAGGAAAUGUUACCUAUAUUUCACUGGCAACCAACCCAGGCAUCCCUAGGAACUCCAGGGCAUUUUUCGUGACUCCAGACAGAAGCGUGCUGAGUUGGGAUAACAAGUUACCUGCAGCCAUGCUGCUGUUGACCAGGUUGAGGAUAUUCUUGAGUCCAGGAUACCCUUAUGAGGACAUGUUGCGGAUGUAUCACAAUGUCACUGUUCUGAAUAUGUGUUCUUAUCUUCAGGAAUUCCAUGUCUUCAACUGGACUAAAGGGGGAUUGAUCCAACUGAACCAUGGAAGGCCACAGCGUCUUCAGUAUGUGGCUAAUGCUGCCUUCUUGGCAUCACUUUUUGUUGAUUAUAUGAAUGCCUCUGGUAUUCCCGGAUUCGUUUGCGGUCCUAAAUUUGUUCUAUUGGAUGAACUUCAGACUUUCGCCAACUCUCAGAUAGACUACAUUCUAGGUAAAAAUCCCAUGAAUAUGAGCUACGUGGUGGGUUAUGGCACGAAGUUUCCCAGACAUGUGCAUCACCGCGGGGCAUCAAUACCCCAUGAUAAGAACAGGUACUCGUGCAAAGGUGGAUGGAAGUGGCGUGACACUCGUAACCCCAAUCCCAAUAACAUAACAGGAGCCAUGGUUGGAGGACCUGAUAGGUUCGACAAGUUCCAUGAUGUGCGGAGCAAUUAUAACUCCAGUGAGCCAACUUUAGCUGGAAAUGCUGGUCUAGUUGCUGCACUUGCCUCCCUAACUAGCAGCGGUGGCUUUGGCAUUGACAAAAAUACCAUAUUCUCAGCAGUUCCACCACUCUAUCCCCAGAGCCCACCACCUCCUCCACCCUGGAGGCCUUGAGCUGCUGAUGAAAUGAUUCUUAUGGUUAGAAUAGAGCUUUUAACGUACCUGAUCUCCUGUGAGUUUGGUUCUACAACUGCUGUCUAUAAAUUUGAGAAUAUAUAUAAUGAGUUUCAUUCAUCUGGAAUAUUCUGAUACUUGCAGCUUCACAUGCAUACCCUUCUAAUCAGUCUCGAGUGGAGAGCACCUAUCCUAUUUCUCUUAUGUAUAUUUUUGAAAUAAAAAGUUACAUUCAUGCCAUCUUUUUCAAGAUUUUAAAAUUUGAAAAGCCUAUACACGGGCACUGUUCUA